UGCCGUGCGGGGCUGAGGAGACACACACAGUGCGGCCGGACACAGACGCCUCGGCAGCGGCUAGGAUGCGGGCGGCGCGGAUGAAAGUUGCGGCCACUUGGAUGCGGGAGCAGUGAGGGCAGCGGGGACUGUCGCUCCGCGCUUACUGGAGAGCUCCGGCCGGGCCCUAUCACCUCCACCAUGUGAGCUCCUCCACACACUGCACCGCUUCCUCCGCACACCCGCCUGGCAUGUCUUCCCCCUGAUCCGGGGCUGGAAUUAUGUUUGGGCUGGAGCAGUUUGAGCCGCAGAUCAAUAGCAGAAGCGCCGGCCAAGGAGACAGGAGCUUCUCUCAGCCCAUGAACAUGAGCUCUCACUUCAAGAACCCUGCAUUCCACUCCGCGGGGUCGUCUGCUGCCGUGGACCCCACCAUAGGACCUCUCAACGAGCCUUCCAUGAUGGGCAUGAACCUCAACAUGAACGGAGAGCCCUAUGGGUAUCAUGCCAGGGGGCACUCAGAUAUCCACGCGGGUGGCAUACAGCCGGUCCAUGGGUUCUUCAACAACCAGCAGCAGCAGCAUCACCACGGCCACCCUCACCAGCAUCAUCCUCACUUCAGUGGCAACUUUGGUGGUCCUGAUGCCACAGCCUCUUGUUUGCAUGGUGGUCGUCUCAUGGGUUACAACAAUAAUCUUGGAAAUCCACAAGCCUUUGGUGAAGGGUAUGAACAGUUGGCGGAGAACCAGGCAGGAGAAGGCUUUGGACAGCAGAGAACAGGUAACCUACCUGAAUUUCAACAUCCUAACUCCACUGCCUCUAACCAUGCUGUCCCUGCUCCCUGCCUUCCCCUAGACCAGUCUCCUAACCGAGCUGCCUCCUUCCAUGGGCUUCCUUCAUCCACCUCUUCUGAUUCUCAUAGUUUGGAACAAAGGAGGAUCCACAAUCAAGCGAGUGUUGAUCCACUGGAAUACAAUUAUCCCAGCGAUGGUCCAGCAGGACACUUUGAGGUACCUGUGUUUUCUCCUUCUGAUUCUGAGGGGCAUUAUGGUGCUGGGAGACAGGUUUCUGCCGGUUCUUUUCCUGGUGCUUCUGUUUUGCCAAGACCUCCUGGGAUAGUGGGCAUGACUAAGGUUCACCCACAGCAACAGCAUGGGGUAUUCUUUGAGAGGUUUGGAGGUGCUCGAAAAAUGCCUGUGGGCAUGGAGCCUGCAGUGAAUGCCAGGCAUCCCCUCCUGCAACAACAGCAGCAGCAGACAGGUUUACUUGCCAGACAAAACUCUUGUCCGCCAGCAAUUACCAGGCAGCAGCAGCAGACUGAAGGCAGUACCUCAAACCCAAACCUGCCAGACAGUGGACCAGUAAUGCAGACCCAGCAUUCACAGUUUGAGUAUCCCAUUCAAAGACUGGAGAAUAGAAAUAUGCAUCCUUAUUCUGAGUCAAUGUUCAAUAUGCAGCAGGGACCUCCUCAGCAACCUCCAAAUCAAAGAUUGCAACACUUUGAUGCCCCUUACAUGAAUGUUACCAAAAGGCCCAGGUUUGACUUUCCAAAUAACCACGGUGUUGAUAACUGUGCUGCCUGGAAUAACAGCAGCAUUCACAAUGCUGGCAUGGACAGUCACCUUUCUCCUUCCACCUAUCCUGGACUCCCAAGUGACUAUACUCCCCAAGUGCCAGAAAGCUUCCCCCCUGUUCCAGCGUUGCAGCACCCUGGCCCAGAUCACCAAUCCAUACAACAGAGACAAAAUGCAGCAAUGAUGAUUAAACAAAUGGCUUCCAGAAACCAACAACAGAGAAUGAGACAGGCUAAUUUGCAGCAAUUGGGCCAUCACGGGGAUGUUAAUCAAAGCAGCAUUGUCCAUGGAGGUCAAGUGGGGAGUAUGCCGCAGCCUAACUUUGAUCGUGAGGGGGGAAGGAUUGCAAAUUUUGACCCUCAGAAUCCACAUGUGGGUCAGGAAAAUGCUUGGUUUCCUGGACCUCAUCCACCAGGAGAUAUUCUACAAAGGAGGAUGGGUGGGUCCAGUAUCCCUGCAGACCCUGCAUCUCAUGACAUUAGUUUACAGCAGAAUGGGUCAAAUAUGCUUUUUAGGCCAGGUGUUAAUAGGAUGGGUCUUCAGGAGUCAUUGGGGAUGGCAGGAGAAGGGCAUGUUCAGGCCUUGCAUUCUCCAAGUAUGCACUCUCAGUUUGGAAACAACAUUACUAACUUAACUCAAAUGCAGUCACCGGGUGGAGGGGUGGGCAUAAAUAGUUCUACAAGUGACAGGAGGGGACCCCCAGAUUUCACAACACCAGGUAUAGGACAGCAGUCAGGAUUUCCAUUUGUUGGGUCAAAUAGACAGUCAACACCACAUAAUCCAACAGGAGUAAACUCAUCCCCAAGUUCCUACCCACCCCAGUCAGAUUUCCAAGCUAGCCAGCGCUCCACAGCUAGCAAAUUAGGGGCGCUGUCCCUAGGAUCAUUCAAUAAAGCUAGUGCGAAGGAAAAUAUGUUUGGACAAAGCUGUUUAGCUGCCCUUUCCACAGCCUGUCAGAAUAUGAUUGCUAGCUUAGGUGCCCCAAACCUCAACGUAACAUUUAAUAAAAAAAGCCAAGCGGAGGGGAAAAGAAAGCUGAGUCAAACAGAGAAUGAACUGAAUAACAGCAGUGGAAAUGGCACUAGUUCUGAAUAUUUUCCUGGGGCCUCUUCUCAAGCCAAUCAGGGGCCUGGUACGUCCAAUAACAACAGCAAACCUGCAGGGCAAAAUGGGGCAUCUCAACCCACACAGGGAGAAACAAGCCUUUCCCCAAACUACAAUAUUGAAGUGACUCCUGGCAAUGAUGGCAAACCAGUUACUGGUGGUGGACGUGGGAGGGGUAGGAGAAAAAGAGACAGUGGACAUGUGAGCCCAGGUAAUUAUUUUGAUAAAUAUUCUGCAGACAGUGGGGGCGCUGUGGUCAGCCCAGGGCAACAGGGCCAGUCUGCAAAUGCAGUAGAGCCCGGUGGGACUCCUCACGACAAGCCUCUGACGUCUCCGUCUUGGGCUAAAGGUGGUGAGCUGUUACUUGGUGAUCAACCUGACCUCAUGUCAUCUUUGGACAGUGGCAUUCAAAGUGUGACUAAAUCAGAUAGCAGCUCACCUCAUGUUGACUUCUCUGAAGAUGUCAACACUACAUAUGGCAAUGAAGAUGAAGUUUCCUCUAGUUCAGAUAACAACAUAUCUAAACCAAGUAACUGUCCUUUGGUAACAGGGUCUCCAAAAAUUCAACGGAAUGAACAUGGACUUCUUAAUGGACAAAAACCCAUGGGUCUAAAUAUGCUAAAUAACACUACCUCUCUCCCGGACAGUUAUGGGUUGAGCAGUACUGGGGCUGGCCACCCUGGCACUCCAGGGAUGGAACAGGUCCGCACUCCAACUAGCACAUCAACCCAGGAUGAGAUCCACCCUCUAGAGAUACUUCAAGCACAGAUACAACUUCAGAGACAGCAGUUCAGCAUUUCUGAAGACCAACCCUUGGGGUUGAAGAAUAAAAAAACUGACUGUACUGCUCAAAAUGUGGACAGUGAAUUGAACAGUUGUUGCUCUGACAAUGUCAAAAAUGCUAUGAGUACGAUAGACCUUGACUCUCUCAUGGCAGAGCAUAAUUCUACCUGGUACAUGCCUAAUGAGAAAUCAUUGAUGGAGGGAGAAGAAGAUGACAAAUCUAUCACACCUUGGGAUAAAUCAAAGAGCCAACCAACCAACAAAGAAGCCCAUGAACUUCCCCAGAACAAGACCUCAGCAGCGGCACAGAAUGGAAGCCAUUUGCAGUGCCUCUCAGUGCACUGCACAGAUGAUAUUGGAGAGUCAAAGGGUAGGACUCCUGUUCCUACGUGGAGAUCCCUUCAUUCUGAUAUCUCCAACAGAUUUGGGACUUUUGUUGCUGCCCUAACUUGAAAAAUGGAAAGAAAACCUGCAUUCUUUUUACUUUCCUAAGAGGCCGCUAAUGAUAGGUGGACUAAUUAUUUUUUAGAUUGGUACCUGCUUAGUGGCUUUUGGACUUGCAAGGGUUAGUUUGAAAUAAACCUCAUAUUUUUGGAUCUUUUUGCCACAGUAUGAUACCAGUGUUAAUUCUUCUUCAUCCAGCACACUUUUCUUACUUUUAUUUACAUCAUUUCCCUGUUUCUCUGUAAACCUGAUGUAUGGUUUAUCUGGGCUAGAGAAGGGCUUUUUUAUGUCAAAAUUAUAUAUGUAUUUACUUUUGUUUUUCAUUUUUUAGUGCUACAUAAAAUAUUUCUAUUGUAAAGAAGUUGACAUUUCUUUUAAAGGGUUGUGCAGUGGUUUAGUAUUGAUAAUCUAUGCUGAGGAUAAGUCAGCAAUAUCACAUCGGCAGGAUCCGUCUCCUCGCACCUUCCCCCCACGAUCAGCUCGUGCGAGCGCUGCCUUGUCUUCGAAACUCCCUGCAUUUCAUCUUUGUAACCCAAUGUAACAGUUGCUAGUGGUUGUAAUUACACAGCACCACUGCUGCAAAGGAAACAGCUCACAAAUAAUUUUGAAGAGUAAGCAGGACACCACAUGGGUGCCGCUACCCUUUCAAACAGCUGAUCUGCAAGGGUGCUGGGAGUAGGACUGCCGCUGAUCUGAUAUUGAUAACCUAUCCUGAGGAUAGGUCAUUGAUAUUAAGUCACUCCACAACCCCUUUAAUCUUUUGUAUCAUAAUAGACCACAGCUGAUCCAUGGGAAACAAAAUAAUAUUGUUAGGACCCUCUUCAUUAUUUUGUGGUCUCUAUGUUAACUGCAAAGCAAAUGUUAUGUGACCUUUUUAGGUUUUAUUUAUUAUUUUCCCCCUGGGACUUUAACUCAAGUUCUAAAUGGAUGCUCACAGCUCGUUUGCACAUGAGGUUAUAUGCCAGCUUAUAUUUUUGGGUGAUUAGUUGCAAGAUAAAUGACAUAGAUGAUAUUUUAUGCAUAUAGAGGUAAAAUGCAAGAGUUUCCUGCAGCCCAUGCUUAAAAAAUCCAAGUUAACAAAUGGGCAUAUAUUUUAUUUUUUAUUUGUUCCCAUUGGCAUGUUAGUGGGUUAUCAGUCUCUGACUCCUGACUGGUCAGGUUGUCUACCUUUGAAGGUACUUGUUUGGUGAGCUUGAUUUGUAGGCCUGAAUCUAUCGAACCAUGAACAAAAUUUGUUGCACAAAGACUACUUGGUGUCUGCUUUCAAUAUUCACAUUGAUAUCAUUUACAUAUGUUUGAUAUUAUUGUGCAGAACUGUACAGUGUUCACUUCUAGGAAUGUCAUGGACUACAGCAGGCUACACAUCUUAGCUACUUGUUGAGGUUUCGUGAUCUUCCCAUGUUCAGCAAAACUAUUCAUUUCCAUUAAACUUGUUAUUUGCAGAAUCUUAAAUGAUGCCAACAAAUUAACUUUAAUAAAAAAGGAACUGUAUAAUCUUAUUUCAUCUGGUAUUUCUAUCAAGUUCUUCCAAAUAAUGAUUUCACUCUACUCUGUUUCUCACAUGCAGUGGUCAAAAUUGAUGUUUUUUGAGGGUUAACAGAAUGUACAUCUUCCUUGAUCUUUGCUAUUCUGUUGGUAAUGACUGGAGUAUAUGUAAUCUUGAGGCAGAUUUUACAGCCCAGGACUUCGAAACAGCCAUUGCUUCACUUUGGUGGACAUAUGCCUUCUCAAAACAGACAGUACCUGAAGUCUCUGAAGAAACAUUUCAACAUCUUCGAGUAUUUCUGGAGCUAGAGGGUGUUGCAUUACAUGACUAAUGAAGUCAUGAAUUACCUUAAGUUAAAAAUACAGCAGCCCAGUAGUCAUCAGCAUCUAUGUUUAGAAGGGGCUAUAGUUAGAAAGUAAAGAGACCGAAAUCAAAACCAUUGGAAGAAGAUAGAGGACAGUUAUGUCUACCAUUGUGCAGAGGGUUUCUUCUCCAAACAGAACUCCUUUGCAAAAUAACCAUGCAGAACUCUUGUCAAUGAGCUGUUCAGAUUGUGAGACUUUGGAUAGCUUUUUAAUGUAUUACACUAUACCACGUACAGCUAUUGGUAUCAUGACUGAGCUUAUGACUCGGCCUUUUUUUGUGAUUUUCCAAAACCUUCCAAAGUUGACCUCUUUCAAUAGGUGGCACUAGCGAGAUUGUUCUUUCUAUUUGCAGGUUACCCUGACUAAAUAACAUGGACGACUUACUAAAUGGACUGACAGAGCUGUGCACACAUUUCCUGUCUGAUCUGAUCUGAUUUCAGUAGUACAGUAUAUUGCCAAUUGGUAAUGUCCAAAUAGUACAGAAGAACUACAGUGUAGCUGAACAGAUGUUUUGUAGAACAACUCCUAAUCACACAGUCAUAGAAAAGUAUAUAGCUGUCAGAUUUAUUGAGAACUAUGUGUAUCGGUCAUCCAGUCCUGUGUACUCCAUUCUCUAUGAUGUUGUGAUAAGGCCAAGAUUUCAUUGCAACUUUCAGUCCCUGUAAUUUUUUUAGAGGAAGAUCACCAUAUCAGAACUCCAUAAUUGUAACCUAUAAUUUUUCCACAACCAAGUCUAAUGCUGGAUUUAGGCAGCCCAUCCUGGCAAGCAGUUACCAGAAGGAACCGUUCCUUCCUGAUAAUUGCUGCUCGUCAGUGGAGGUGAAGAGCUGUGUUUACAUGUAGCAGUCACCUUCUCCGUAUGGAGACGAGCAACGGCUACUCAUACAAAUAUAUUGUUUUUAGGCAGAAGAUAGCUGUUCAUACAGCACAAUCUGCCCAGAAACAAUGAUUUCAUGUGCUGCAUCAAUGUUCAAGUCACCCGAUGAAUGAGUGUUUUGUUGGUUCAUCAAGUGAUCGGCAGCACAUUCACACAGGCUUGUUAUUUGGAAGUAUCGUUCAUAGCAAGUUUUAUUCCUGAUAAUCGGCCCCAAAAUUAGUCCAUGUAAAUCCAACUUAAUAGUGCAGGACAUUCUCUUCAUUAAGUGGACUGUCAAUGCAAAUGAUGAACAGAUGGGUGAAUACAAUUCUGCUCAUGGCCAGUGAAGUGAUGUUCUGGUUUAUCACACUAGCACUUCAUCUAUGUAUACAGUGAAAUUAACACCAUUCCAGGUCAGCAAAGAAAAAAAAUCUCAGUCUCUAAGGCCAUCAAGUCCACUUCCUUAUUCUAUGAAACAUAUGCGUAUUAUAAAAAUACAUGACUAUAACUCUAUUAUACUUGCAAACCUCACUAUAAACAUGCUAAUAAAACCAAAAAAAUAAAAAUAUCAAAGCUUAACAUGUCAGCAUAUUGUAUUUCCAUAUAAAGUGUAUUUUUUCUAUAAACAACCAUAGAAAAAUUAGUCUCUGUGAUUUCAGAAAUAUAUUUACCGCAAUUCUGUUUUUAGAAGGUGUCAUUUUUUUUCUGCCAUUUUGUAGUCACUUAGCCAUUAGCCAUGCAUACGAUCCUAGUUUGCAGAUGUUAGUAUUCUUCCACUAAUAUCAACCUGGUAAAAUUUGCAGUGCAAUACCCCUUGAUUAGAUGGUAAUGAGUGCAAAAAUGCUUUAGGGAUUUUCCAGAACUUAAACUUUAAGGAUCUAUCCUUACGAUCAGCUGUUGAUCAGUGGGAAUCAUUAGGAUGGGUCAUUUAUGUUUGGAUCAGUGGGGUUUGGACCAAUAGAGACCUCUACCAAUGAGCAUAAUGAAGUUUACACAGACAGAGCAGCUCUUCUUUACCAGAAUCUGAACCCCAUGUUGACCACCACUCAAACCUUUCUAGCCUAUCCUGAGGAUACACAGACAAUAUUUUAGUCCGAUAAGCCUAAUUUAAGACUGCAGUGUAUAACUGACAGUCAUCUAAAUAAACCCUAUGGAGGGAAGUUAGCAAGAUCUGCACAUCUGAAUUCUGGCUUCAGAAAGUUACAAAAUAAGGCUUUGCAACUUUACGGGGUUACUUCAAACACUUGGUGACAUCUUGCAUUCCUGCACCACUCACUCCAGUUUUGAUAGUUGGUGGGAAAGUGUUCAUAGUUAGCUAUGUUAACUAGUUUCACUGUAACUUUUUUUUAAAGUUGCAAAAAAUCUUACUCCAUUGGAGAGUUGGCGUGCAAAAACUGGAGUAACAUAUUUAAACAAAUCUAUCAUGUUUAAAGAUAUGCCAAAUUUAUCAAACAGCAUGCCACAUUUGGUGACUUUGGUGCAAAUCAACCAACGCAGACUCCUGCAAACUGACUUUCAAAAAGUCUCAUUAUUCAUCUCCCCCCACAUGUUCCACUAAUUUCAAAAGAUGACUGACAUGUUUGUGUAUGUGGUUGCAGUAGUCCAUGCAUUAAGUGUCAAAGACCGAAUUUUUGACACAUUUUUAUUUUUAGGUUUAUUUCCCAAAAUAUCUAAACAAAAUUUUGAUACCUUGAGAUUAUGAUGAAAAUAUAUCUGGAACUCAGACCAUAGUUCUUGGGCUUUUUGUGCUGUUAUGUAAAGAGUUCUUUGUCCUUCUUCUCAUCCAUUUCAUCCACAUUCACUUUUAUUUGGGCCUCAUGCAUGUAGGGAGGCUUACGUCAGUGCAUGAAGUAUACUCACUAUUAAUAUAUUCUGCACCCUGGGAUGCCUCCUUGAGACACCACAGAGUGCAGCACUGCCACAAAAGUUCUAAACAUAUAUAGUAGGGGAAAUA